AUGUGGCGUAGAAAUCAGCACCGUAGAGCAUUCUUUGAUGUAAUUGAAGAGUGCAAUAUGUUCAUCAGUGAUAUUUGGUGGUGUAUCAAUGAUCAGGAUAUCACAAUUGUCAAAAUUGCAAUUUUUCAGAAUCUUCUUGAUCAAAUACGUCUUGUAACUACUAUCAAAUAUGUCACUGGUUGUGUUAAUGUGUCCUACUGA